UGUUCAUAAAAAAAAAAAAAUUACGCGUCCGCGAGCAAAGCGUAGAAGGAUGAACACCGGCGAAAAUGGUGCACCGGACUUCUCUAUGGAAGUGGACCAGAGAAGAGCAUCUCUGUUGCGUGCGAGUGCGUUUGCCCCGUCGCAGCAUCUUUUGCCGCCCACCAGCGAAGGGCAAGCGUCGAUGGUGCAACCGCCAUCGCAGAAUGCAGCUUCGCAGCCAUCGCCAGCCGCAGUUCCAGCGCCCACCACCGAUUCGGCGAUGAUGAUGCAGAUGAUGCAGCUAAUGCAACAGCAGAUGCAGCAGCAGCAGAAACAGAUGGAGCAGCAGCAGCAGCUCAUUUCGCGUAUGCUGCAACAGCCACAGUCACUAUCACAGCCGAGCCAGACUGUUCCCUCACAGGCCGUUGCCCCCGGCAAUCCCGAACUCAUCAUGGAAGCGUUGUCGGGCAGCAUCAUGGAAUUCCGCUAUGAGGCGGAGUCGGAUAUCACCUUUGCUACGUGGUUUGCCCGAUAUGAGGAUCUUUUCGCGCAAGAUGCCUCUCGUCUUGAUGAUGCAGCGAAAGUGCGCUUGCUGGUACGCAAGCUGGGCCCUGCAGAAUACGCGCGCUACGCCAGCUUCAUACUGCCAAGUGUCCCUCGUGAUGUGCCGUUUGAUGAAACGGUUAAGAAGCUGACCGCUCUAUUUGGGAGAGCGGAAACCCUCGUGAGCAAGCGAUAUAAAUGCUUGCAGCUGAUUAAAUCACGCAAUGAAGACCUGUUGUCGUUUGUCUGCCGCGUUAACCGCUCUUGUGUUAAUUUUCAGCUAUCGGCGAUGAGCGAAGAGCAGUUCAAGUGCUUGAUACUGGUGUGCGGCUUGAAGGACGAUGCCGAUGCAGACGUGAGGACGAGAUUGCUCUCCCGCAUCGAGGAGAGAGCCGAUGUCACGUUGGAGCAACUCUCCGCUGAGUGUGAGCGAAUCUCCAGUCUUAAGGUGGACAGCGCCAUGAUCGCUACUCAGGCGGAGGAGAAAGUCCUAGCGAUACACAGUGCAAGUAGAAGUAAAGUGCAGCAACAGAAACAACAAACACAGGUGCGUAGAUUUCAGCAAGGGCAGCAGAAUCAGCAGCGGAAGAAUUUCGAGGGAACAAGCAAGCCGCCCAGAUCUUGUUGGUUGUGUGGCGAUCCACACUGGGCCAGGGAGUGCCCGUAUGCCCUACACAAGUGUUGUGAUUGCGGAAGAACGGGCCACCGCGAAGGAUUUUGUAACCAGCGGAAGAAGUGGUGGCCAAAGAAGAGAAAGUUCAACAAGUGGAACAAAAAUACACCGGUGGACACACGUACAGUUACCGUGAAUGUACACAGCGUGCGCCAUGCAAGAAAAUUUGUUAAUGUUUUGAUCAAUCGCUACAGGGUUCGCCUACAGCUAGACACCGGCUCCGAUAUAACUGUCAUUGGACGAAAAAUUUGGCAGCAGCUUGAUGAGCCAACAUUGAGACCGGUAGAAGUCCAUGCGAGAACAGCGUCUGGUUCUCACCUUCAGCUGGAUGGUGAAUUCUGUGCUCAGGUAACGAUUGGGGACAUAACGAGGGUUGCCGUAAUACGGGUAAUAGCUUCUGAUUUGCAGCUUCUGGGAGCCGAUUUAAUAGAGCUAUUUGAGCUUGGGUCUGUACCGAUGGAUCAUUUCUGUAAUAGAAUCGAAGCUGAAUCUGGAAAAUGGGAGAGCCGAUUCCCCGAGGUGUUUAGCGGCACUGGACUGUGCACCAAGGCAAACAUCCAGAUAAAGCUAAAAGAAAAUCACCGUUCGGUGUUUUGCCCGAAGCGCCCUGUGGCAUAUGCGAUGCAAGCAACGGUGGAUAAAGAGAUCGAUCGCUUGCAAGGCUUAGGUGUGAUUACCCCAGUCGACUAUUCGGACUGGGCAGCCCCAAUCGUAGUGGUGCGGAAGAAAAAUGGCAGAAUAAGAAUAUGCGGAGAUUAUUCGACUGGCCUGAACGCUGCUCUCCAGUCAUAUGAGUAUCCACUCCCACUGCCAGACGAUAUAUUUGCAAGAUUGGCACAAUGCAAAUUUUUCAGCAAGAUAGAUUUGUCCGAUGCAUUUCUGCAAGUCGAGAUAAACGAGCAAUAUCGUCCUCUUCUAACUAUUAACACGCAUCGCGGAUUGUAUCACUAUAAUCGUUUACCGCCAGGCAUAAAGAUCGCCCCAGCCGCGUUUCAACAACUAAUCGAUGCAAUGCUCGCUGGAUUGAAAUGUACUUCUGGGUACAUGGAUGAUGUAGUUGUUGGCGGAAGAACAGAACGCGAGCAUGAUGAGAACCUCCUCAAUCUUUUCCGUCGUAUAAAGGACUACGGAUUUACAAUCCGUGCGGAAAAAUGCUCAUUUAAAAUGGUGCAGAUUGAGUACCUGGGCUUUGUGAUCGAUAGACAGGGUCUUAGGCCAAACCCAGCGAAGAUCGACUUUAUACGCAAAAUGCCAGCACCAACAAACGUGAGCGAAGUUCGGUCCUUUUUAGGAGCCGUGAACUAUUAUGGUAAAUUCCUACCGAAGAUGCGAGAGCUCCGAUACCCGCUGGAUGAACUACUGAAGAACGUCAGAAAUUUUGUAUGGACGCACAAGUGUGAGCAAUCUUUCAAAAGGUUUAAGGAGCUGUUAUCGUCUGAUUUGCUGCUCACGCAUUACGACCCAAAUGCGGAAAUUGUUGUGUCUGCAGAUGCUUCGUCGAUAGGUCUAGGCGCGACGAUUAGCCAUCGUUUUAUGGAUGGCUCCCUGAAAGUCGUGCAGCAUGCAUCGAGAGCCCUCACGAAGGCCGAAGCCAACUACAGUCAGAUCGACCGCGAAGGAUUGGCCAUUAUCUUUGCUGUGAAGAAAUUUCACAAGAUGCUGUUUGGGCGCCAUUUUCGACUACAGACCGACCAUCGACCUUUGCUACGGAUUUUUGGGUCUAGCAAAGGUAUUCCGGUGUACACAGCCAACAGAUUGCAGCGAUUUGCAUUGCAGUUGCAAAUGUACGAUUUCAGCAUCGAGUAUGUGCAGACCGAGAAGUUUGGCAAUGCGGACGUGCUUUCGAGACUGAUUAAUUAGCACGCAAAACCGGAUCCGGAAUACAUUAUCGCAAGCGCUGAGUUGGAAGAUGACGUAAGAUACGUAGCAUUAAAUUCUAUUAAUAUAUUUCCACUCAAUUUUAGUGACGUUGCGAAGGCUACGGCAUCCGAUCCGGUGCUGCAACAAGUUUACAAGUACAUCAUGGAUGGGUGGCCCCAAAACAUCACCUACGCUACAGAAUUGGCUUGCUUCUACCACAGAGGCGAGGCCCUCACCACGGUCCGAGGUUGCAUUCUGUUCGGGGAAAGGGUGGUAAUCCCAACCAAACUUCAGCAGCGAUGCCUAAAACAGCUGCAUGAAGGGCACCCAGGAAUCCAGAGGAUGAAAUCCAUAGCUCGGAGUUAUGUCUAUUGGCCGUCAAUAGACGGAGAUGUAGUAGACUAUGUUAAAACAUGUCAUGCUUGCGCGAUAGCGUCAAAGUCCUCGCCACGCGAGAUACCGAUGUCCUGGCCGAGGACAAAGAAGCCGUGGCAGCGCAUUCACAUCGAUUUCGCCGGGCCGAUCGAAGGUGAUUACUUUUUGAUAGCGGUAGAUGCGCACACGAAGUGGCCAGAAAUGGUAAAAAUGCGAACAACAACAACCAGAGCAACCAUCGCAGUACUAAGAAGCAUUUUCGCGAGAUUCGGAUACCCAGAAACACUGGUCAGCGAUAAUGGGCCGCAAUUCAUCAGUGCUGAAUUUUCAGCGUAUUGCAGCAGUCGUGGUAUUCAGCACAUCACAACGGCGCCAUUUCAUCCCCAGUCAAACGGGCAGGCCGAGCGCUUCGUAGACACUUUCAAGAGGUCAACAAGGAAGAUUGAGGAAGGCGGAGCAACUCGUGAGGAAGCUCUUGACAUAUUUUUAGAAACCUACCGUACGACUCCCAAUCCGGCGCUAGAGAAUAAACAAUCGCCAGCGGAAGGUAUGCUUGGGCGAAAAGUUCGAACGGCUCUGGAACUGCUAAAACCUCCUCUUGCGGCGCGAGAUGAACCGGCAGUUUUAGUUCAUAAACGUUUUCAGCGUGGUGACCGCGUUUAUGCAAAGCUGUUUGUGCGGAACUCGUGGAAAUGGGUGUCUGCACGAGUAAAACGGGAGCUGGGCAGCGUAAUGUACGAAGUGGAGACGGAUGAUUUUCGGGUACAUCGUCGACACGUAAACCAGCUACGUAGGCGUGAUUCACUUAGCGUGCGUGAAUCAAGCAAUGAUUCUGAAGAGCCAAGUCGUUUACCGCUAGACAUUUUAAUGGGCAGAGCAACAGCGGAAACGGUUGUUACACCAACGGAGCAGCAAAGCAACACAUCCCCUGCACAGCCGUCCCUGAGUCCAGUCCCUUUGGCAGUCCAAAGACGUCAGCAGCCGAUACGAUCGCCACGCCGAUCUUCUAGAGAUAGAAGGCUCCCGCGUCGGUUCGAAGGGUAUCGUCUUUAUUAAACAGGGGGAGAUGUUGUGAGCUAACCUGGACCGGAUGGAUUGCUACUAGUAACUCACCGUUGGCGCGUGAGUGAUCAUCGGUUGAUGUGUGCGUGCAAUCCAUCCGGGUCAUCGUUUGCGCGGUCAACGGGGUCGACCGGCGAACACGCCGGCACUUGGCAACUGGCAAUAUAGGAUAGCGCACGGAACGGGAACGGCGGGAAACAGUCUUCGUUUAUUUUACGUUAGAACGUCUUUUAUGUUAAUACAGUUUUAUGUUCGUUUAUGUUACAAA